AUGUACAACCCAGCUCGAGAGGAGUUGCCGUCAUAUCAAGCUCCAGACAGCAGUAAUCACACAUGGCCAAACAACACCAUCACCGAGACCAACCCAUGUACAACGUCAUCGUCAUCGUCGUCGUCAUCAUCAUCCACCUUCUUCACCAUCGGCACCGAGGCCAACGUCUGCACGAGCAGUGCAGCCAUCCAACAUGACCAGCAGGGGGACGAGGCGCGUGAACUUGGGCGUUUCUUCAUUCAGAGCGUCGAAUACGCACGCGGCCACUUCUUCGUGACGGCCAAACCCGAAGAGAUCUCCCACCCUGAUCCACCAAGCAUCAAACGGCCGACUUACCCAGAGAUGCGUCAACACUCGCUCAGGCAUUUUUCGCCAUGUAUCUUCUUCGUCCAGUACCCCUGCAGGAGCAAAUGCCGCAGUCUCGGCAUCUGCGUGCACUAUCAGUUUGUGAUCCCGUGCGGCAAAUGUCCCGACGGCUUGAUCUGUUCAGAAUGCAUCCAGAGCACGAGUCCACAGGAAGCCAUAAUGGCAACACGUAAGUGUCCAUUGCAUCAAGACCCGAACCAGCCGAAUCCCAUCAGCAGCCGCAUGGAAGAUUUCCUGGCGACAGAAGCACAGAAGGCGGCCUGUGACGAGAUCCUGCUGCGAUCGAGGAAUAGGCAGUGGGAAGACACAACAGAUAUCCCCGUUCCGCCGGUGCACAGUGAUUUUGUACCAGAUCGAGAUCGUUACAGUAGGGAAAGAACGCCCCGGAACCUGGACGACGUAAAAAUGCUGGACGGCAGUUUCGGAGGGACUGAAGCAGGAGAAGCAGGUGUCGGAACGAACAGCGGUCUUGGUCCGCUAGACCAGACACAACCGUUUCAACCUGACCCUUGUGGGACUAACACGUUCGACGAGAGUUUCUCGUUAGAUCUGUUCGGAGGCCCCUUGGGGAUGCAGUCGUGGCCGUGA